CUGUUGCCAGGCAACAAACCCCGCCUCCCCCCACUAGGAUUGGCGCAACCACUAAACCAAUCACGCGAGUGCAGGGCGGGGUUUAUGGAAUACGGGUAGGAAAGCAAGUGAAUAAAUAACGCACCUGUGCCUGGCUCCCGGGCGACGUCUAACUUGGAGACGGUGCGUUUCUUUCUUUUUUUUAAUUCUGGAGAAGGAGGGAAAUGAAGGAGGGAGUGGCAGAAAUCCGGAGAAAGAGAAGUACAUCUGGGCAGAGAGCAUGCAGAGGAUGAUCAGAUAAAUGUGAUUAGACUGAGGAGCUGAUGAGAGGAGAUGAGAUGAGAUGAGAUGAAAGGAGAUGAGAGGAGAGGAGCGCACCUGAUGCUUUAGAAGAGAAGUUAUGCACGUCAGAAGUACUUUUCCUCUCUCUCUGUGCUGUGUGAUUUCAUCUCAAGAAGGGAAGUGACCAUGGGAGCAUUAGGGUGCUUGAACGCGACCAACGGGACUAGUGGUGGCGUGUCGUACCCUUUCCAGGUGUCCCUGGUGGUGCUCGUGGUGUUACUCAUCCUCCUUACGGUGUUCGGAAACGUCCUGGUGGUGAUCGCGGUGUUCACGAGCCGAGCCCUGAAGGCGCCGCAGAACCUGUUCCUGGUCUCCCUGGCGUCGGCCGACAUCUUGGUGGCGACCCUGGUCAUGCCGUUCUCGCUGGCCAACGAACUGAUGGGUUACUGGUAUUUCGGCCAGGCGUGGUGCGAGGUCUACCUGGCUCUGGACGUCCUGUUCUGCACCGCCUCCAUCGCACACCUGUGCGCCAUCAGCCUGGACCGCUAUUGGUCCAUCACGCAAGCCGUGGAGUACAAUCUGAAGCGCACGCCGCGCCGCAUCAAGUGCAUUAUCCUCGUCGUUUGGGUCAUCGCCGCCGUCAUCUCCUUCCCGCCGCUCAUCACUAUGGAGAAGGAGGGGGAGCAAGAGGCGGGGCGUCCCUUGUGUAAGAUCAACGAUGACAAGUGGUACAUCAUAUCGUCCUGCAUUGGGUCCUUCUUUCUGCCCUGUGUGAUCAUGGUGCUCGUUUAUAUCCGCAUCUACCAGAUUGCCAAGAGCAGGACCAGAGGGAGAGGAUGGAAAGAGGAAGAGGAUGGACGGAGAAGGAAUGGCGCCAAGAAAGUGGAGAACGGUGAAGGGCAAUGCCACGAGAAGCUCAACGGCAACCCGGAAGACAAGGACAAGGGCGACAUCAAUGGCGUGGACAUGGAGGAGUCGUCCUCGUCCGACCACAAGCAUGACAACACUUGCUCCAGCAAGAAGAAACGGGCCAAAGGAAAAACCAAGCUGAGCCAGAUCAAACCCGGGGACGAGACGGGCAAGCUCUCGACACGGCAGAGCGCCAAUCGAGGACGCUGGAAGGGCCGCCAGAACCGCGAGAAGCGCUUCACCUUCGUUCUGGCCGUCGUUGUGGGCGUCUUCGUGGUUUGCUGGUUUCCUUUCUUCUUCACGUACACGUUGAUGGCGCUCUGUGACUCGUGCUGCGUCCCCACCACGCUCUUCAAGUUCUUCUUCUGGUUCGGCUACUGCAACAGCUCGCUCAACCCCAUCAUCUACACCAUCUUCAACCACGACUUCAGGAGGGCUUUCAAGAAGAUCCUGUGCAGAGGAGAACGCAGGCUCGUAUGAACCAGUCCUCGUGUGAGUUAUCCUCACCUCAUCUCCCGGAUGUCAUUUUGACCUUUAAUCCUCAACGAGAACUGAACACAGUGUGCGCGCUUACGCUAUCUACACCAUCACCAGUCAUGACAAUAAAAGAUCUCGUGCCAAGGACAGGGCAGGAGGGUCAUGCCGCCGCUUUGGCGACAGAGCUGACGUUGGUCCGUGGCACCGAUGUGGGAUCAGAGUCUCUUUUUGAACUUUAACCUACAAUCCAUUGUGACAAGACAAACAUGAGUUCAGGGCGAUGUAAAAAGAGCAACUUCCCAGUUUUUUUUUUUUUUUACAGCUUGUACAGAACACAGCAAACCGCUCUUUAAUGAUACAGCAUCAGUCUGAUUUAUUGCGAGGUAACCAGCCAGAGGCGGAGUGUGUACAGUAAACAGUCAUACAUGGCUUGCUAUUGAAAUAUCGGCCAUUGAAUUGACACCUGCGGUUGUAUUUAUACAUCAGUAGAGUGAUAAGGAAAAAAAAAUGUCCUCUGGUGCUUUGCUCUGUAAAUAUCACAAAUCAUACAGUGGGAAUCUGCGAGCAAGGUGCACACAUACACACACCGACCAUUCUCUGUUGUGUGCGUGUGUGGUGUUAAAUAUGCAUAUUACAGAUGGAGAUAAUUUUUUUUCUCAUCUGUGGAAAAAAAAAUGUGACAAACAAUGUGACCAAUAUAAAGAAUAAAGACCAUGGAGAAAAAAAAACUAUAUAUUUUUUUCCCCUUUUAAUUAUAUUUAGAAAGAUUAGUCGCAGACGUCUAUCAUCCGUGACGGGUUUUAUAACUUCUCAGGCUAAGGUUUCUUCCUCUGAGCACUGAUACGUCGUCUCCUACGAAACUCUUCUCACUGCUAACCACUACAAAUGAUCCCCCUCAUCACCCCCCCCCCCCCCAACACACACACUCACACACGCAAAAGGGUAACGAUUUACUUAAUAUGAUCCAUUAGGCAAAUUGACGUCGAGCUGAUCGUAUGCGAAACAAACAGGUUGGUUUCACAGCAACGCCGGCCUCUUCCCUGAGCUUUAUAUCUCUCUCAUGGCUAUAAAGGUGAAUAAUAUUUAUGCAGCCUCGGUUUUUAACGGUUUCUCUG